AAUCAACUCGUCGACUAUCUCUCUCGUCAUUGUGCUCUCAUGGUGUGCAGAAAUGACAACCAUUGAGAAUUCAAUGAGUCAGUCGCGUAAAACUACUAAGGUUGUCUCUAUCGCUGCUAAGCUUCAGAAUUCUGGAUCUUCAUUUAGGCGAUGGGGUAAAAAACACCCAUUUAUCAGAUAUGGGCUUCCGAUGGUCUCGCUCACAGUGUUUGGUGCACUUGGUCUUGGUCAUCUCCUGCAAGGCAGCAAGGACAUUGCUAAGGUAAAGGAUGAUCAGGAAUGGGAGAUUCUUGAGACUAGAAAAGCACUGUCCAGAACGGGGCCUAUAGAAGCAUAUAAACCGAAAAAGAUUUCUUUGGAGGAGGAGCUAAAGGCUUUGCAAGAGAAGGUGGACAUAAACAACUACGAGUACAAGAGAAUUCCUAAACCAAAUGAGGGCAAGUCAGGCUAGUUUUUGCAUUCUGCCUGCUGCAUAAUCUCAGCUUUUGGAUUUCUUUUUUUGGUUGUCAAAAAACUAUCCACUUUGUAUGAAUUUACUUUUGUACGCAAUAAAUUGCAGUUCAAGAAAAAAAUAUAAACUGGGUUGAAAGAUGCUUGAAGCAACAAAAGCUUUUUCCAAUCA